UUUCAGUGUUCUCCUCCCCCUCUCCUCCAGUAAUAAAUUGAGAUAUAUGAGACGCUCAAUUUCUGUCAGUGACCUGAUUUGAGCCUGGAAGUGACGAGGAAAGCAGGAUAAUUUCCCGGUAGAUGGAAACUCGUGCACUGCUUCUGGAGUCCCCAGCCUCAUGAAUCCAAUAACUAAGCCUGCUACCACUUCUUUCAACAAUUCUAUGGUUGAGAUUCCAAGGAAGCGCAAAGGAAGUGAUUCUGAUAACCAGGAUACAGUUGAAGUUGAUGGGGAUCCUCAGAAAAGGAAUGAAGAUGAAGAACAUCUUAAGAUAAAAGAUUUCAGAGAGGCUCACAGUCAAACAGAGAAACGAAGAAGAGACAAAAUGAAUAAUUUGAUAGAGGAAUUGUCUGCUAUGAUACCUCAGUGCAAUCCUAUGGCACGAAAACUAGACAAGCUUACAGUAUUACGGAUGGCAGUGCAACACUUAAAGUCUUUAAAAGGUUCCACUAGCUCUUACACCGAAGUCCGGUAUAAACCUUCGUUUUUAAAGGAUGAUGAGCUCAGACAGUUAAUCCUUAGGGCCAGUUUAAUUGGACAAAGUUUGUUUGAUUACUUGCAUCCAAAAGAUGUUGCCAAAGUUAAGGAGCAACUUUCAUCUUCAGAUAUCUCUCCCAGAGAAAAGCUUGUAGAUGGCAAAACUGGCUUGCAAGUACAUACAGAUUUUCAAGCUGGACCAGCUCGACUGAAUUCUGGUGCUCGACGUUCCUUCUUCUGUCGGAUAAAAUGUAGUAGGACCACAGUCAAAGAAGAGAAGGAGUGCUUACCCAACCCAAAGAAGAAAGAUCACAGAAAGUAUUGUACCAUUCACUGUACUGGAUAUAUGAAGAACUGGCCUCCUAGUGAGGUGGGAGUAGAAGAGGAAAAUGAUGUAGAAAAGAACAGUAGUAACUUUAACUGUCUUGUUGCAAUUGGGAGGUUACACCCUUACAUCGUUCCACAAAAGAGUGGAGAGAUAAAAGUCAAAGCAACAGAAUUUGUUACACGAUUUGCCAUGGAUGGAAAAUUUGUUUAUGUAGAUCAGCGUGCAACAGCAAUUUUAGGGUAUCUGCCACAAGAACUUCUAGGAACUUCUUGUUACGAGUACUGCCAUCAAGAUGAUCACAAUCAUCUAGCUGAAAAACAUAAAGAAGUGUUGCAGAAUAAAGAAAAAGUAUUUACAAAUUCCUACAAAUUUAGAGCAAAAGAUGGAAGUUUUAUUACUUUAAAGAGUCAAUGGUUUAGUUUCAUGAAUCCGUGGACCAAAGAACUGGAGUACAUUGUAUCAAACAACACUGUAGUAUUAGGUCACAAUGAGUCUGCUGAAGAACAGGUCUCCUAUGGUUCCCAGCCUGCAGAAGGUGCUGUAAAACAGUCUUUAGUGAGUGUACCUGGAAUGUCCUCUGGAACAGUUCUUGGUGCUGGAAGUAUAGGAACUGAAAUUGCAAAUGAAAUAUUAGAAUUACAAAGGUUGCAUUCUUCACCACCUGGGGAGUUAAGUCCAUCACAUCUCUUGAGAAAGUCACCGUCUCCAGCUUUAACUGUAAACUGCAGCAAUGUGCCGAAUAAAGAGUUGAUUCAGUUAUGUCCUUCAGAAGCAGAAGUUCUGGAGACUUCAGAACAAAACCAAGGUGCUAUUCCAUUUCCCAGUAAUGAGCCCCUCCUCGGUGGUAAUUCUCAGCUGGACUUUGCAAUAUGUGAAAAUGAUGACACUGCCAUGACUGCUCUUAUGAAUUACUUGGAGGCCGAUGGAGGACUUGGGGAUCCAGCUGAACUCAGUGAUAUACAAUGGGCUCUCUAGUUCUGAUUUUUGGAAUGAGACGGAAUUUAAAAUCCUUAAUGCACAACAACCGAACAUCCUCAGUACUGUAUUUUUUUUUUAAUGUUUCAUUUGAAUUCCUAUGUACUAUCAAUAUAUUUUUAAAAACUGAAGCCUUGUUCACAGAGAGACAGUUUCUGCUGCAACUAUGGAAAAAUGCAAUAUUUUUUUCAUGAUGGGAACUUUGAAAUUUUAAUACUGAGCUAUCUGUAACUGGAAUGCUUAUAUUUUUUCUAAGAAGCUUUAACUAAAAGGUACUGUACAAUAUACAGAAAUAUUUUUCUUAGUUUUAACACUUAAACUUUUAUUUAUUUUUCGCUUCAAACGGGACAACAUUGAUUAUCUAUGUCGCUUUCUCUAGAACCUAAUGUACUUCGAGUCUAUAAAUAUUUAUAACUAUUACAUUAUUACGUCGUAACUCUGAUAUGCACACACUACAGUUUUAAAAUCAGGUAUCGUAAUUCCUACAUGAUGCAGUUUUUGAUUCCUUGUUCUUUUCAAAAAUGCAAUUUUUGUAGUCAAAAGUGAAAGCGAAGCAUACACUUCUGGGAUCAUGGAUUAUAAAUAGAUCGUCAUACCAAUACAUAAACCUGAUAAGGGUAUGAGGAAAGAGAAACAGAAUCAUAACUGUUAGGUUGUAUUAUUUCUGAUGUAUUAUUAGAGGGACAGCAUGUAGAACCUAAGAAAAGUAACGCUAUACCUGUAAUAAAGCAUUUUGUUUUUUUCGCAGAUUAUUUACUAACUAGAGAAGUUUGGGUAGAUUGUCUUAGUUCCAGAAUGAGGAUAGCACCAUUAAUGAAAAAUGUUAAAAUUCUGUUGUAUCCUUUGUAGUAUUUUUGUUUUGGGAGAUUAGGGUGAUUUUCUAUUUCUGGAGUCUGUGACUUUUUAAAAGACUUGUGUAAUGUAGUGCUAUAUAAAAUGGUCUUCUUUUGAGAGACAGCUUUUCUAAGACUGUAUCCCAGUUACAGCAGAUUACUCAAGAACAUGGCAUUUAAUAGAUUGCAUUAAAACAAUAUAGCAUAAAUAUAUAAAAUUGAUUUUUUAUUUCUAAUAUUAAAUGUAUAGACAAGUUUGUGUGUGAAUUAUAUAUCAUAAAAACAUAGAUUUUCUUAAAGUUUUUGUUUAAGUUCACGUAAUGAAAGGAAAGCACUGAAAGGCAUUUGAUAUUUGUGCAUCUUUGUUUAAUACAAAUACGAAAACUUAACCGUCAGCACCAACCGUAAGCACUGUCACAUCUGUUUGAAGUUUAAAGGUGGGUGGCAGGUAGCCCUUUCAGAUCUUACAGAGGCAGAAUGAAGUGUGAACAAAUAGAUGGCUUCUCUCUAAGCAGCCACCAGAUGUCAUGCUUCUACUGUAGGAAGCCACCUUUCCGUGAAUGAAUACACAAUUUGUCAGCACUGACUUGCUAUGCUUUGACAGAGCAGCUUUAUAUCUUAUAGAUAUGAAUUCUUUCAGAAAUGAUGAAUUUUUGGUGACAUCUUGUCCGUGUUUUCUAGAAUGGUUUGUUGGUUUAAUUUUUUUUUUUCUUUUUUCUUGUCUGUAAGUAUUUUGCACUGACCCUGCAUGUGAUUUCCUGCAUUCACAGGUUUUUGAAGACCUGGGGCCAAAAUUACCUGUUCUUUAGCUUUAUUGGAAUAAACUGUUUGGUUUCUUCACAGAAAAAUAAUUUGGGGCUGUAUCAUGCAGCAAAGUGGGGAAAAAAGAACAACAACACAGGCGUUUUCUAAUAAUUGUUAGACUUGUAUUUGUACUAAUAGUAAACUCAGAAUUUAAAGUUC